AUACUGUUCUCCUUCAUUUUCCCCAAUUUCACAGCCAUCAUCUUCUUCCCAUAGUCCAAAUUCUUCAAUCUAUCAGACUAAUUGAACUCAAAUACGACUCGAAAUGCUUAAAGCUUCAAGCUUGAAAGUGAGCUCAAAGCUCGUUAACUCACAUACAAAAAUUCAAUCCUUCUACCCUGAACAAGACCUCAAGGGUCAAAAAGUUGCUAUAAUUGGCCUUGGAAAAUCAGGCUCAGCUGCUACAAAACUUGCUCUUGCUAGAGGUGCUUCAGUUAUAGCCAUUGAUCAAAAUGAGAAUUCAGGAUCAACAUUUAACAUAAAUAAUGGUUUCUUAGAUCUGAAAAAUGCUGAUUUGAAGACAUUUUUUGGUAAUUUUGAUGAUAAGAUUCUGAAAGAGGCGGAUAUAGUUGUCGUUUCUCCUGGAAUUCCACUGGAAAAGUAUGGAAUUCAAUCAAUGAUAUGUUCGGGGAAGGAAGUACUCUCAGAGUUAGAUUUUGCUGCGCAAGUUAUUCCGAGUUGUACUAAGGUUUUAGCUGUUACAGGAACUAAUGGGAAGUCUACUGUUACCACAUUUGCAGGACAGAUACUUAAUCAUUUGGGUUUCGAGACGUUUGUUGGUGGUAACCUUGGAGUUCCACUCUCAGAAGCUGGUUUUCAUUCGUCUAACCGGAGACCUUUAGAGGUGGCUGUGGUGGAGGUGAGUAGUUAUCAGCUGGAAAUCCCACCGAAAUACUUUUGUCCUUCGGUUGCUGUGAUCCUAAAUCUUACUCCUGAUCAUCUUGAACGACACCAAACGAUGAAGAACUAUGCUGCAAUCAAGUGUCGUAUCUUUUCUCACAUGAGAGGGAAUAAAAUUGGUAUUCUUCCACUUGGAAAUCCAUAUCUGGAUGAAGCAGUUAUGGAUCACGCGGAUGGUGUUAGUCUUGCUUGGAUUGGAGGUUCCCCUGGUGUGAACGUUGAUGUGGAGGCGAAGAUUGCUGAGUUAAAGCUUCCUACAAUAGGCUGUGUUUCACAAUUACAAUUGAGUGAGCUGAAGGCAGUUGGGAAGCACAAUUACACCAAUGCUGCAGUGGCUGCAUUAUCAGUGCUUGGGUUGGAUAUUGAGAUCAAAGCUGAAGCUUUUAGUUCAACAAUUUCCAAAUUGACAACUCUGCCUCAUCGAAUGCAAGUUGUUCAUGUAGACGAUGAUGGAAUAGUUUGGGUUGACGACAGCAAGGCAACAAAUGUUGAAGCAACAUAUUUUGGUUUGAUUGGUUUUGAGCUGAAGUCAGUGGUUCUACUUGGUGGUGUUGCAAAGGAGGUAAAGAUGAAAGGUUCUAAUGGAUUUGAGCAGCUGGUUGAACCUCUUCGACACCAUCAAGGUGUAAUCACUUUUGGAUUUUCAGGAAAGAUGAUACAGAAGACACUCUGUGCUAAUGGUCUGACUAUUCCUUGUUUGAAUGCUGAAACUCUCAAGGAUGCUGUGAGCUUGGCAAGGAGUAUAGCACAACGUGGCGAUGCCAUUGUACUGAGUCCUGGUUGUGCUAGUUUUGACGAGUUUAGAAAUUUCGAGCACAGAGGAAGGAUCUUUCAAGAGUUUGCUAUCUCUUCAGAGUGACUGACCAUCUCUUCCACAUUCUGCUGGUCACCCGAGAUGGACUAUUUUCGCAAACUUUGCCAGUGAGAGUUGAUUCGGUAGCCAUAAAUUGGAACUUUAAUCCUUGUUGAAUAUUUGAAAUAUGAAGUUAAUGAUUUACUGAAA